AUGGAGUCCAUGAAGCACACAAUUGCUGAGCUUAGUGAACACUUCAACUCAAAAAUGGCAGAGUUUCAAAAACAACUUCAAACUUCUUCGGCAUCAGCAACAAGCCCAGCUUCUACUAUUGCUACCCAAUUUAGCACUUUUAGAAGUUUCGUUUUGACUGCAUUAGAGGGCCUCCAGAAGCAGCUUGAUGUUCUAUCUAGAAAACAAGAUGAAUUUGAAAUGAGAUCCCGGAAGAAAAUUCUACUAAUCCAUGGUGUUCAAGAAAGUAAGAAUGAAAAAAUGUCCCAAGUUGUUACCAAAAUAAUUUCUGAGAAUUUAGAUAUCCCUCUCAAAGAGGAUGACAUUAGUCAUUGUCACCGCUUAGGGCAUUCUAGAUCUGAUAAACCUAGAGCCGUCCUUGUUAAGUUCAAAGAUUUUUCUCUUCGGAACAAAAUUUGGUAUUCCAAGUCAGGCCUCAAGAAUUCUGGGAUAACCCUGUCAGAGUUUCUCACCAAGGAACGGCAUAGCACAUUCGUGGCAGCCCGACAACGUUUGGGAGUCUCAAAGUGCUGGACAAAAGAUGGAUACGUGGUGGUUGUGGGGGCUGACGGUUCGCAAAGCCGCAUUCUCACGGUGGGUGAACUUAACGCCAUCUCGCCUUUGCCCCAUGACGCGCCAUUGUCGACCUCCAGCGCUCCUCCCGUUUCUUCUGGCCCCAGCAACACAGGCAAAGUCUCCAACAUUAGGACAAAACGAGCUAUCAAAAAAGCAAAAAGCAAAAAUGGCGGGCGGUUACUACGAGAGAAAUUAGAAAAAAUCGGCCUGAAUCUGCCAGCGGGGCGGCGGAAAGCCGCGAAUGUUACGCUACUCACCUCAUUAGUGGAAGCUGAAGCUGUGCACCUCGCUCGGGAUUUCGGCUACGUGUGCGAGACGGAGUUCCCCGCGCGCGCGUUGGCCGAAUACCUCGCGCGGCAGUACGCUGAGCACGACGCGAGGCGUCGCAGGGAUCUCUUGCAAGCUACUAAACAGGUAGUGAAGGAAGUUAUGGAUCUCUUGAAUCAGGACAGGUCGCCAUUAUGUAACACGCGGCCGCCUCAUCUCUUAGAGCCGGCGAUACAACGCCAUCUUACACACUUCUCUCUCAUCUCACAUGGGUUCGGAGGGCCGGCCAUUGUAGCGGCAUUGACUGCUAUUCAGAAUUUCCUCAAUGAAUCAUUAAAGCAUUUAGACAAAUUAUACCCUCAAAGCGGGAUGGUCUCAUCAACGAUGGACAAAACAAAAAUGGAUCCAGACAUUAAAAAG